AUGGCGGACUAUCUUUCAAAAGCCGAGGGACGUGAGGUGUCCAGUCAGGAUGUGAUCGAUGAGAAAACUACUGCUGCCAUUUCAACCUCAGAGGAUGAACCUGAUAUCACCAAGGAUGAUUUCAAUGGCGAGGCCGACCGUGACAGUGCUGAGGUCAUUAUCGUCACUGGUGCCGACGCAGCUGAGCACCUCCUGCCACUUCGAGAUGACUUUGAGCCAACUGUGACCUUUCGCAGUAUGUUGUUGGCCUCAUUACUAGCCUGCUUCCAGGCUGUGAUGAACCAGAUCUAUAUGUUUAAACCAACGGCGAUCACCAUUCAAGGAACUUUCAUUGUUCUCAUCUCAUACUUUGUUGGAAAUGCAUGGGCCAAGUUUCUUCCUCGCGGAGAUAAGUUUGAGGCUCGUUGGAUACAAAAGGGGGGCCAAGGCAAAAUUCCUUUUUAUAUUACGGUCAUCAAGUUCAUCAAUCCAGGACAAUGGACUUUGAAAGAGCAUGCAAUCUGUGCCAUUACUGCUACUUCUGCCUCGAAUGCUGCCGCUACUUCUGAGGUGUUUGCAGCACAGGAACUAUUCUAUGAUAUGAAGUUGAAUGCGGCGACGGUGAUCCUGACUAUCAUAUCUAUUGGCCUAUUUGGCUACGGCCUUUGUGGCUUGAUGCGUCCUAUUGCAGUGUGGCACGUCGAGGCUGUCUACUGGAGUACGCUGCCUACUGUCAAGACCCUCCAGGGGUUGCAUUGGCAACAAGUGAAGAAUUCUAAACCCCUGAGAUAUUUCUGGUAUGCUUUCAGCGGCAUGGCCCUCUACGAGACAAUUCCUGCCUAUAUGUUCCCAUGGCUGAAUUCCGUUUCAAUUCCCUGCCUGGCCGCCCAGAAGGCUACAGGUAGUACAGCGGCGACUCUAACAAAUGUCUUUGGUGGAGCAACCAAUAAUGAGGGAAUGGGUCUAUUCUCUCUCAGCUUCGACUGGCAAUAUCUUCUAGAACUGACCUCUGGCGCAAAGAUCACAUCCUUUCAAACUGCUCUUCCCCUCAAGUUUCAAAUCCAUCAAGCUGUCGGUUUUGUGGUCUGUCUGGUAGCUAUGGCUGGUAUCUACUAUGGCAAUGGUUGGGAUGCGCAGUCCUUACCUUUUAUGUCUACCAAGCUGCUCAUGGCAAAUGGCACGUCGUAUCCCAUCACAAGCGUAUUCCCUGAUGGGGUACUUGACACUGCUGCCUUGGAGACGUAUGGUAUCCCAAAAUUGUCGGGAACAUUUGCAUUCGCUAUGUUCAUGGCUAACGCUGCAAUCGGCGCUUUGAUUGUGCACUGUAUUCUCUUCUGGGGAUCAGACAUUAAGCGGGCGUACCAAAGCGCCAGAGCUGGUAGAUUUGAUGAUCGUCAUCACGAACAUAUGGCUAAGCAUUAUAAGGAGACCCCGUGGUGGUGGUAUGUGAUUGUGCUCGUGGCCAGUUUCUUCCUUGGCCUUAUCGUGGUUCUUAAAGAAGACAUUGGCCUGCCAGCAUGGGCCUAUAUCGUCUCGCUGGUGGCUGGAAUCAUCAUCGCUCCAUUUAGUACAAUUCUGUAUUCCCGCUACGGUAACGGCAUCGCCACUAACAGUCUGUCGAAGAUGCUAGCCGGCCUUCUGAUUCCUGGACGGCCUGUUGGCAAUAUGUACUUUGCUGCUUGGUCACACAAUGUGAUCAUGAACGUUGUCAACCUGUGCAAUGACCUGAAGAUGGGCGAAUAUCUCAAAAUCCCACCCCGCGUGAUGUUCCUGACACAGAUGUAUGGCACUAUCCUUGGCGCCUUUGUUAAUUAUGCCAUCAUGAUUUCUAUUGUGUCGGGCAACAAAGAGCUUCUCACUUCUGGCAAUGGAAACUCUUCCUGGAGUGGUGCCACCAUGCAAGCAUACAACACAAAUGCCACAUCAUGGGCCCUCUCAUCUUAUCUAUACAAGAUCGGUCGGCAAUACGAGCUUGUUCCUCUUGGAAUGUUGAUUGGCGCCGGACUUGUGGUGGUCCAUCGAAUCUUCUACCAGUUUGUUCCCAAAAUUGGCAAAAUUGACGUCUCGGAAAUCAACAUGCCCCAAUUUAUUCAAUAUGCGGGCUACCUACCCUACAAUCAAUCCCAAACCUGUGUGAUCUACAGCUGGGUCAUCGCCGGAUUCUACGUGCAAUACUACCUUCGGAACUGGCACCCAAAGGUCUUCAAGGAUUACUCGUAUCUCGUUACCGGUGCCUUCGACGGUGCCAGCUUGACGGUGCUGUUUAUCCUCUCGUUUGCUGUCUUUGGAGCUGCAGGGUCCGCACGUAACUUCCCGACUUGGUGGGGUAACAACGCGGAUGGUAAUUACGAUUGGUGCCCGACCUCGGACUGA